AUGGAUUUUACUGAAAUUAUAGAUAAUGCAAAACGAUUUGCAGGUGUAAAGAAAGAUACAAAUAAUUAUGAUGAUCUAAUUGUUGAUCGACUUCAUAAUCGUUAUACAGUUGCAAUAUUAGUUUGUUUUUGUAUUGCAAUAUCAACUUAUCAAUAUAUUGGUAAUCCAUUAGAAUGUUGGGUACCAGCUCAAUUUACAGAAAAUUAUGAAGAAUAUACAAAUUUAUUAUGUUAUAUUCAAAAUACUUAUCAUGUAUCAAAAGAUCACUUAGUUCCACAAGAUCCAAAUUUGCGACGUGAACGAACACUUAAAUAUUAUCAAUGGAUACAUUUUGUUCUUUUACUUCAAGCAUUAUUUUUUAGUUUACCACGUAUCAUAUGGCAAUCAUUUAAUGAUAAAAUCGGUCUAUCGAUUAGAAAUCUUGUCGAUGCAUCAAAUAAAUGUCAAACAUGUGAUUCUGAUGAAGAUAGAAGUACAGUUAUACAAUAUAUUUCUGAUUGUCUUCAACGUUAUGAAGAAUAUAUUGAUCCUUUAACUUCUGAUAAAUCAUCUUAUACAAAACAUAUAUAUCGUCAAUGUCGAUUAUUAUGUAAAGCUCGUACAGGUGUAUCCUUGACUUUGUUUUAUAUAUUUAUUAAAUUUCUUUAUAUACUUAAUUUAAUCUUUCAAAUUAUAUUUCUUCAAUAUUUUCUUAGUUAUCAUGAUAGGAAUUAUCUUCAAUCUGGUUUUGAUAUAUUCAUCAAAGUAUUUUCUGGUUUUUCAUUACCAGAAAGUAAAUUAUUUCCACGUAUAACAUUAUGUGAUUUUCAAAUACGUGAAUUAGGUGAUAAUCAUCUUUAUACAGUUGAAUGUAUACUUGUUAUAAAUAUAUUUAUUGAAAAAAUGUAUUUUAUGCUAUGGAUUUGGUUUGGAAUAUUAUUAUUCAUAACAAUUUUUGAUACAAUACGUAUUAUAUAUCGAAUAUUAGUUCGUCAUUCACGUCAUAGUUUUAUAGUUGAUAAUUUGGAUUUAAUUGUUAAAACUACUCAUAGAAAUGCAAAUCAAUUUGAAUAUUUUCUUCAAUAUUUUCUUAUUGAUAAUCUUUUUACACUAUGGGUUAUAUCAUCAAAUUCAAGUUCAUUAAUUGUUGCAGAAAUUCUUCAUGAAUUAUUUCAACGAAAAACACGUCAUAGUUCAGAUGUGUAA